AUUUCUACGUUGAUUUUCAACCUCUUGUGAGAAGAAAUGCUCUGGGAGCAACCAUUUAUCCAAAUAGGGGAGCGCUUCCUCUAUGCGAACGCUAAACCCGACGUAGAUUGGAGCGAGGCUAGGUCUGACGUUCAGCCUGUCACUGUUCUAGCAAUCGACGAAAGUGGGACAUCAGCCAAAGAUUUGGACGACAAGGCCAAAAGCUUCCUGGAUGAAGACGAUGUCUUUUGCCCUCUAUUCUUGCAAAAUGUGGUAUUUCUCUCCGAUAAAAAACAAUCAUUAGCCGAAAUUAUUGGCCAGUUAAGAGAGCUAUGGUCAACAGAAACAUUCGCUGUCUUGGAUCGAAACCGGGUUGUUGCGGAGGGCCCCUAUUUUCUGACUUCACGGGGUUUGCAUCGGGCUUGGAGGCUAUAUCCAGACCCACUUGAUUGCUUUUCUCUUUCCAUCACUGCGAUCGACGAUAGCUAUGUUCCGUUCCCAUGCACGGUUACUGGAGGGUUGCAUCCUACCAUCGCCGUCCCUUCCAGACUACAUCACAGGCCGACUGAGGAGAAACCCCUCAAUGGACUUCGAAUAGCGGUCAAAGAUAUCAUCGAUAUCAAGGGAAUACGAACAUCAGGGGGAAAUAGAGCAUACCAUGAACUUUAUCUUCCUCGAGAUCAAACAGCCCCAGCGGUGGAAAGGCUAGUCGGCCUUGGGGCUAUCAUUGUUGGCAAAACUCGAACAGGUCAGUUUGCCGUUGGACAAGAUCCGGUAGAUUAUCUGGACUACUUUUCCAAUUUCAACCCCCGCGGUGAAGGAUAUCAAUCCCAGUCUGGUAGCAGUGGUGGAAGUGCUGGAGCCGUGGCUUCUUAUGACUGGCUUGAUGCAGCACUUGGAACAGAUACUACCGGUAGUAUUCGGGGACCGGCAAAUGUCUACGGUCUUUUUACGAUGAGACCAACGCAUGGUGUCUUGCCAAUGAAGGGAAUCCUUCCCCAAAGCCCUGAGAUUCUGGAUUGUCCAGGUAUUCUAUGCCGAGAUAUUAACCUCUUCCAACGAAUUAUGAACUUAUGGGAUCCUUCUCUUAACUUGAAAGAGCCCUUCAAGUUUCCAAAGAGGAUCCUCAAACCCACGCGAUGGUGCCAUUGGAAUACUGGCUAUCCAUCCGUUAAUGAGCAUAUUGAAAAGUUUAUUACUGAUACCAAAGACUUCCUCCAAGUCAACGAAGACCCUAUUGACUUCAAUAACCUAUUUUUAGCCCAGAACCCAGACGGAACUGGUGAGAACAUGGACCGAUACUUGUUAUAUGCCCUCCCACACUGUAUGAUCUACGAUAAUUACCACUUCUACGAUUCCUUCCGUGAAGAGUACCAAAAGCUGAACGAUGGGAGGUCACCAUUCAUCGAGCCCGGUGUCCAAUUUGAAUGGGACGAAGCAAAGAAGAUAUCUAAAGAGAGGCGAGCGGAAGCGGGAAGAAGAAUGCUAUUCUUCCGCAAGUGGUUUGAAGAUGAAGUGAUGAAGACAGCUGGUGAUGGAGGUUCUGAAUCCAUCAUCGUACUUCCCACCGCUAGGGGGUUUGGUCCACGCUAUCGGGAUACACUUCCAAAUAAACGCGAUUAUGAUGAUUAUGAAACUCGACAUGACUGUAUCAGCGUCUACGGAGGACUCCCAGAGAUCGUGUUGCCAGUGGGGGAGUACAAAUAUUUCUCACGUAUAUCUCAAAAAGAGGAGAGCUUACCAAUGGCUAUGUCUAUCAUAGGGGCCAGGGGUAGUGAUGCGAUGCUCAUAGAGCUUGCAAAGAGAUUACUUGAGUAUACUGGAAGACCAACGUCCUUGACAACGGGAUUCCAGGCCUUCUCUGUCGCAUCAGUAUCAUCCACAACUCAAAAUGGCACGACGAAUGGAAUUAAAACCACUUCCGUAGCUAAAAAUGGCCAUAGUAUGGAGUAGGAAUGGAACAGUGUUUUCCUGAGAUAAUUUUAGGCAUGGAAAGCGCAGGUGAAGUUAUCGUGGGAAGGGGAUUAUAACAUUUCAUUAGUACCUACUCAUAUUAUCCACCAUUAAUAGAGAAUUCACUGUUAUGAUAUCG